CUCAUAGAACCCAUCAUCUUCAUCUUCAAAGCUUUGAAGAGAUCCAAAACCCAACCAACCCUCCUUGUCUCCUCCUCCACCAUCUCUUUCUUUUCCCAUAUACAAAGCAUAAUACACACCUCCCUCUUGUCCACCAUCCUUAAACUAUUACACACUCACAAUAUAUAUUCACUCUUACUCUUACAUCUCUUACAAAACCUAAAUUUCAUUACACAAACACUUGAUCAAACUCACCUCUCAAAAAACACAAACACAAAACAAAACAAAAUGCAUCCCAACACACAAAGAUCCUCGUCCAUAGUGCUUCAAAGAAUCAACCCUAAUCCCUCGGCAGUCAAACAAAGUCAACGCCGCAACCCUCUGCCAUGCACCACCCAAGUCCCCGACUCGGUGGCCAUGUACCAUACUCACCAAGUGGGCCCCCACCAGUGCUGCUCCGCCGUGAUCCAGCAAAUCUCCGCCCCCGUGUCCUCCGUCUGGUCCGUCGUGCGCCGCUUCGACAACCCUCAGGCCUACAAGCACUUCGUCAAGAGCUGCCACCUCCUCGUCGGCGACGGAAAAGUGGGGACCCUAAGGCAAGUCCACGUCAUCUCCGGCCUCCCGGCGGCCAGCAGCACCGAGAGGCUCGAGAUCCUCGACGAAGAACAACACGUCAUUAGCUUCAGCGUCGUUGGCGGCGAUCACAGGCUGGCGAACUAUAAAUCGGUGACGACGUUGCAUCAAGCGCCGUCGGGGAACGGCACGGUGGUUGUGGAGUCCUACGUCGUUGAUAUUCCGCCGGGGAAUACGAAAGAAGAGACGUGUGUGUUUGUUGACACGAUAGUCAAGUGUAAUCUGCAGUCGCUGACUCAGAUCUCGGAUAAAUUAUCGAGACGAAAUUAGGGAGUUUGUGUAAAGAUUUUAUGUACAAAUUCGCGCACACAUGUGUGUAUGUGUGUUUGGAUAUAUGUAAUUUCUUAUGAGGAUUGAGGUGCACAAUGUCAUGUUCUCGAAUUGUUCAUUGUGAUGUAACAAUUGCGUGUGAUUGUAUAGAUGAUGAUCUUUUUUGUUUAA